AUGAAAGACUUUAUUGAUAGAAUGCCUGAGGAGAGCAAGGUAACCCUGUCUGACCAAGUUGGAGGGAAUUCCCAAUAUUCCUCCCAAAGUUCUGAAAAUCAACAGCUCACUCCUGUGCAAAAAUUGUUCUCAAAGGCUGUUGUUUUGCCUAUUGCUGAGAUUAUUCAACUUACGGAUGUUACAUUUUGCGCUACUGUCGCUACAACAAAAUUAUUAGUAGCAUCUCCGUUUGGAUGGUUCUAUCGUGCCUGCCAUAUGUGUCAAUCUAUAGCGCGCGGGGACAGCCCCCCCUUUGAGUGUGAAGCUGGUCAUGAAACCAUGGCUGAAGUCCUUAGGUAUAAGAUUGAAAUUGAGGUUACUCACGGGGGCCAAAGCUGCAAUUUUGUCUUCUGGAACAGAGAAUGUGAAAUGCUGUUGGGUUUAUCUGCAUCGCAACUUCGUAACACUAUGAUUCAGGCUGGAAUUACUGAUCCAUUGGACUUUCCGUUAGCACUUGAUCAGUUGUUGAAGUUGGAAAUGGCUAUGAAGGUUAAGUGGCAUCCACGCUGGAAGAACUGUUCCGUCGUUAUGAUUAUAAAAAAUGAUCCUAUUAUCCAGCAACUUAAGGAAAAAUGGGGAACAGAUGACGUCAGCUCUAAUAAACUGACAUUUGUUUUAUAA